AUGAAAGUUCUGGACAAAGGAUACUCUUUAGCUGACCAUGUCAAUAAGAUUAUCAGAAGUUUUCCUAAAAAAUGGAGACCUAUGGUAACUGCUUUGAAGCUGGAAAAGGAUCUCAACAAUAUCAGUAUUGAAGAACUUGUUAGUUCUUUAAGAAGCCACGAGAUUGAGUUCGAGGAAGAUGAAAUUCAGAAGCGAGGUAAAUAUGUUGCCUUAAAGUCUAAGCCUGAGAAGACAAAAGCUUAUCAAGCUGAGGAAGAAUCAGAAGGAUCUGAUGAAGAGAGUCAACAUACUCUAAUUUCAAAGAGAGUCAACAAACUCUGGAAGCACAUGCAUAAUGGUCAAGGGAAGUUUAGAGGAGCCAUAAGGACUGUUGGUCAUUUUGAUUCUUCAUCUGGAAAGAAGAAGCAAGAUUAUAGAAAAGAAGUUAUCUGCUCUGAGUGCAAGGAGCCAGGCCACUACAAAAAUGAUUGUCGUAAGUUGAAAAAGGAUAGAAGGCCUACGAAGAAUUUUUCUAAAGGCAAGAAAGGGCUUAUGGCUACAUGGGAUGACUCAGAAUCCAAAGAAGAAGAUUCUGACAAAGAAAAGGCCAAUGCUGCAUUGAUGGCAACUACAAAUGAUCUUAAAGGUUCUGAAGAACCAGAAGACAAAGUAUUAUCAGAAUCAGAAUCCGACUCCGAUUCCGAAGAGGUGAAUGUUCCAGAUGACGAAGAGGAAGAAGUUGAGAUCUUGGUUGAUUCAAUGGUGAACGCUGAUGAGGAAGAGGAGCCAUUACCGGCUAGUCAUGUAUACUAUCCACCUUAA